ACUUUCACUCCUUCAAAAUCCGACACAGCAUCCCAAACGAACAAUCGCCUAUCUCAUCAAUGGAAAACCGAUAAAAAACAACUUGGUACGAUGGAACACAUUGCAAAUUCUUCAUUCAUAUGGAUCUUGAUCAUCGGAUCAUGGUUUUUAUUUUCGCGUUUUUUCUCAGUGCAGGUGCGCGUCAGCGAUUAUACGUCGGGUAAUUUUUAAUUUUACCAAGUGAAAAUGGAUAUUAAAGUUUUUGUUCUGUUAGCUUUUUUGACAGUUACUGUCAAGGGAUUGCCCACCAUGUACAAAGUUAAUGAAAACAAGAUUUUAGAAAAAGAUUUGGUACCUGUGUCUUCAACUGUGAUUCCUUUGCCUAUCUACAAAGUUAGUUCAACUGGAUACAACAUAAAGCCAACAAAAGAAGAAGAAAUCAACCAAAAACCAAAAGGACCUGUAUCGCUUUUAACAGUGUACAAUAAGAAGUGGUUGAUCCCUCAAGAGAAAAAGCCAGUAGUCAAACAAAUAACAAAAAAGGAUACGGACCACUGAACAACUAACCUCCAUUCUAACUCUAGAGUGGACGAGAUUUAUUGUAUAUUUAUGUAAUAAGGAAACCAAAGUUACCGGCCUGCAAUAUUAAUAAAAUUACCUGAGUUUAACGUACCUACCUUGUUGUUGAUACACAACAUGCUUUAUAGAACUAACUUGAAGUUUAAUCUGCAUUGUUAAUGUUUCUAAUCGAUAAUUGAUUUAACCUAAACAAGACCGUAUAUUGCCUACCGUGCUCAAUAAAGGCUUAAACAUUA